AUGGGUUCUCUUGCUGUCUCUCAGGACAGCGUUUCUCACGCCAGUAUCAAGGCGACUAAACAGCAGGCAGUACAACCAGUGGGCAAUCAUGGCCUUGACAUCAUCGAUAUUCGACGCGUUGCGGUUGAAACAAACUUGAAGGACGACAUCAUUUCCAUGUGGAACCCUACAAACGGACCCCGGAGGCUGCCGACCCUGCUUCUCUACAAUGAACGGGGCCUGCAAUUGUUCGAGGAUAUCACAUAUCUGGAGGAGUACUACCUGACCAACAACGAAAUCGAGGUUCUUGAGAAAAACUCAAAAGACAUCGCUCAGAACAUCUCAUCAGAGUCUAUGGUCAUUGAGUUGGGAAGUGGCAACCUUCGCAAAGUUUGUUUAUUGCUGCAGGCUUUUGAGGACGCCGGCAAGAACAUCGACUACUACGCACUCGACCUCUCCCGAGAGGAAUUGGAACGCACGCUUGCUCAAGUUCCCGAUUUUCAUCACGUCAAAUGUCAUGGUCUUUUAGGGACCUAUGACGAUGGCCGGGAAUGGUUGAAGCAGCCGUCUAAUCUGGCGCGCACCAAGUGCAUCUUGAGCUUGGGUUCAAGCAUAGGCAAUUUCGAGCGCGAUGAUGCGGCCGGUUUCCUCAAGCACUUCAGCGACGUCCUGACGCAGUCGGACAAGUUGUUGAUUGGGCUGGACGGAUGCUGCGACCCUUCCAAGGUCUACCAUGGUUACAACGACCAGAAAGGAGUAACUCAUGCGUUCAUUCUCAACGGACUCGCCAAUGCCAAUGAGAUCUUGGGAGAAGAGGCCUUCAAGCUCAAAGACUGGGAGGUCAUCGGCGAGUAUGUGUAUGAUGACGAAGGAGGACGUCACCAAGCUUUCUAUUCGCCUGUUCGAGACACAUACGUUUUGGGAGCACUUGUAAGGCAACACGAGCGCAUCCAAGUCGAGCAGAGCCUGAAAUACUCUCAACUGGGAGCCGAGAAUUUGUGGAACAUGGCAGGCUUGGUCGAAACGAACUGCUGGACAAAAGGAACCGAGCAUGGAAUCCACAUGAUUUCAAAGAGAAAAAUGCCUUUCAGUCUUCUACCCGAACUUUAUGCUUCUUCGCCCUGUCCUACUCUGGACGAUUGGGAGGCGCUGUGGGCAGCAUGGGAUGCUGUUACACAGCAAAUGCUUCCGAAAGAGGAGUUGCUGGACCAGCCAAUCAAGCUUCGCAAUGCCUGCAUCUUCUAUCUGGGACAUAUCCCGGGCUUUCUAGACAUCCAGUUGUGUAAGACUACGAAGACGCCUCCAACUGAGCCAGCACACUUUCAGCCAAUGUUCGAGCGGGGCAUCGACCCUGAUGUUGACAACCCGGAGCAAUGCCAUUCUCAUUCCGAGAUCCCUGAUGAGUGGCCCGCGGUGGGAGAGAUUCUCCAGUAUCAGCAGCGCGUACGGUCAAGGCUUCUUGACCAGUACCGGGGCGGGAUCGAUCAAAUUCCCAGAGCUGUUGCUCAAGGGAUCUGGGUGGGAUUCGAGCACGAGAUCAUGCACAUGGAGACGCUUCUUUACAUGAUGCUCCAGAGCGACAAGACUAUUCCUCCCCCUCAUGUACUACGUCCGGACUUCAAGCGCUUGGCCAACAAAGCUCGCCAGUCCCGGGUACCUAACCAGUGGCACGAUGUACCUGCUCAGUCCAUUAUUCUUGGCAUGGACGAGCCUGAUCUUGACGCUGGCGUCAAUGGAUACUUUGGCUGGGACAACGAGAGGCCUGCAAGGAAGGCCGACGUUCAUGCAUUCCAGGCGCAAGGACGACCAAUCACAAAUGAGGAGUAUGCGCAAUACAUGUUUGAAAAUCACAUCAAAAAGGUCCCUGCAUCUUGGGCCGAUGUUCAAGCCGCAGAGUCCGAUUCUGACACGACUGUUGACGCUAAUGGACAAACGUAUCUUGCCAACGGAAAUACAAACGGCCACGUUAAUGGAGUCAACGGGCACGUCAAAAAUCACACAAACGGACAUGUCAAUGGCACUGCGAAUGGACGCAUGAACGGGCACCAGAACGGGGACAGGCUUAUCCCCGACUCGUUCCUUGACGGCAUUGCAGUCCGCACAGUUUACGGCUUGGUCCCGCUGAAAUAUGCUCUGGACUGGCCAAUCUUUGCAUCUUUUGAUGAACUCUCUGGUUGCGCAGCAUGGAUGGGAGGCCGAAUCCCGACGUUUGAAGAGGCUCGAAGCAUCUAUACUUACGUUCAUAACUCUAAGAAGAUGGAGGCUGAGCGAACGCUGGGCAGGACGGUCCCAGCAGUCAACGGACACCUGUCGAAUGACGGAGUCGAAGAGACACCACCAAAGAGGAAGUCACUUGAGGCCGCGAAGGCUCGAUCAGAGCUUUUUGCGGACCUCGAUGGUGCCAAUGUCGGCUUGCAGCAUUGGCACCCGGUUCCCGUGACGGCCGACGGCGGUCGCCUCGCGGGACAAGGUGAGCUCGGAGGCAUCUGGGAGUGGACCAGCACGCCCCUUGCUCGCCACGAAGGGUUCGAGCCCAUGCCUCUGUACCCUCAGUACACGGCCGACUUCUUCGAUGGUAAGCACAACAUCGUGCUUGGAGGAUCGUGGUCAACGCAUCCCCGCAUCGCCGGCCGAAGAUCAUUCGUCAACUGGUAUCAACGAAACUACCCCUUUGCCUGGUGCGGCGCAAGACUCGUCAGGGACCUUAACUAA